AUCAGUCCAGCAUCUCUGUGGUGGUACUGGCUUAUAACGUUUGCUUAGAGUUAGCGCUCAAUUUCUGCACGUGGAGUUAAAAUUAGUAACAUUCGGUAGAAAGUUGUGUUUUUGAUUUUUAUCAUCUGAGUCGUGCGAAAGGUGAAAUUAGUGAUGUAUUGGUGAUAAUUAGUGAUAAUUGAAGACAGACGAAAGUACUUUAAGAACUUGUGUCGAUAUAUUUUUUCAUGUGCAUUUUGAAUUAAAGAAAACUAUUUGAAAUAUUAAGAAAACUAUUAACAAACGUAUUGAGAGAAGUAUGAUUCCAGACCAUAGCCAUCUUAUGGACAAGAAGGAUUCGGACACUAAUUCCAGCAUGGAAAACACGCCGCCGUUACCACAGCUGACCAAACACCAGUACUUGAGUGAGCAUCACCCCACCCACCAGCAAUUACAACAGUUUGCAACAUUCGCGCAUCAACAUUUGGACUUUUCAAUCAAACAAGAACACCCCGAAUACAGCCUUAGUGACGAAAGUGACAACCAGUCUAUCAAAGGACGUUCACAACCAAAGAAGCGUAAAUUUAGUAGAAGAAGUGACAGUGUUGAAAAUGUGUCUUCCCCGGAUGGAUCCGUCGACGGCUCGAGUGAAAAUGGUUCCAAGAAAAGAAGAAAAGGUCCCCAGUCAAUAGAAGACCUUCAGACACAAAGAUGUAUGGCGAAUGUUCGGGAACGGCAACGUACCCAAAGUUUAAACGACGCAUUCACCCAACUUAGGACAAUCAUUCCAACAUUACCGUCGGACAAACUUAGCAAAAUCCAGACUCUUAAAUUAGCCACAAGAUAUAUUGACUUUUUAUAUCAAGUGUUGAGAAACGAUGACAUUCUCAGUGACUCUAAGAUGUCCAGUUGUAACUAUGUGGCCAAUGAGAGACUCAGUUAUGCAUUCUCUGUGUGGAGAAUGGAGGGCGCUUGGUCACUUCCAUCUCACUGACAGCACGUGCAGCAAUGACGUCAUCCUAUUUAUUCAUAUCAAAUGAGUGUAUAUACAGAAAAGGUUGCCUGCUACACGAAAGAGAAGCCAACAAAAACAUGAUUGGAAAAAGGCGCCGAAAAAACAGUUGACGGGGCACAGUCAUGAUUGUCCAACCCGUUCUAUGUGAGCACUCGAAUUGUUCAUCCACUAUUCUGACACUAGCAACUGGUGUGCCAAUAAACGGUGUCAAGCGUGUUAUCUACAAUCUGUGAUGGAAACACUUACGAUCAGCACCACUAAAUGAGAGCUUGUAAAUAUCAGCACAAAAGUGCCAAAAAGUAACACUGUAGAAAAAAAGAGUUGACUUUAAUGGAUGUUAAGUCUUGACCAGUAUCGACGAAAAUUUCCUGUCAUUCCGUACAGGGGACAACGUGACCGUGUAACAUAGUCAGAGCUUGACCCAUGGUUCAGAUCUGAUAAUGAACUGUGGCGGGGAAAAUACGGCGUCCUGGAAUCAAUAGACAAGUAGAAGAACUGUUUUUAUUGCAGCUGAAAGAUUUCAUCUUGCCGCUAUAGAUGGACACGAUAUGAACACUGGUAACAAUGUUUCUGUGUCGGCUUGAUCUUGUUCUAGAAAGUGUACAAUCAUUUGACCACCAGAGGUGUAUUUUCAAUAUGUCCGCAGUAGGCGGCAGACUGUGUUGCGUCUGCAAGACAGCAUGGAUAAUAUCUGUUCGAAAACACAUUGAACGCAUUGUUAUCGUCUUCAUCGUCUAUUUUAAGUUCAUGGGCCCGAAGUGGUAAUCGGUAAUUUCCGUGCGAUGACGUAUAGAGUUUCGGCAUUCUUUGGACUCUAAUGAUCUAGCCGAAGAAAGCCGAAGUCGCAUACGAAGAAUACGCAGCCGAACGAAAAUUUCUGAUUUUCAUUUCGGACCCAUUCCCUUAAUAUAGAUCAAAUUGAUCACUGCAUGUACCUUCGUGUUAUUCCAGUAAAAUGAAAAGAAAUUAAAGUCCAAGUCAUUCAUAUAGUUUCCUGCAAAUAUGUUAAUGUGAUAGGGACCCGUGUUUAAUAGAGAAAGGAUCUCUCUGACGAUGUGGCUAAAACAAAUUAAAAAGUAGUGAAAUAAAAUAUGUUCAAGUAAAUAUAUAUGUUCAAAUAGAUACUAUUUAUUUGCUAUUGAAAAAAAAGAUAGUAAAAAAAUGGAAGUAAAACACAAGUUUCUUGAAAAUGAUUUCUCCGUCAGUAUUGGUACAUCCAUUGUAUAUAUAUAUAUUAUCCUAUAGUUCAUUCCAAAUAUCACCAUGAUGCGAAAUGCACAGUUCAUAAUACAUUUUCAUACAGAGGUCUUAUAAAUUCAUUUGCUUUAAACUCUUUCCAUUUUAUAUAUUUUCUUGGCAAAAAUA